AUGAUGAGCGCAAUAAGACGAGGAUCAAUAUGCUCAUGCCUCAAAGACCCUUCCUCAGCUUACGUGGCCAUGGAUCAUGAACUGAGAGCCAAGUUAGAGAAGUGUUUCUCCAUGACGUUUAAUGAUGACGAUGACGAUUGUGGUUCCUCUGGCGUGAUCGUUAUGCAGAUUAAUGGUUCAGACACGAUCGUUGUAUUGGAUGGACACAACGAAUGCAUCAAAACCUUUUGUUUAAAAAAUGGUGAGCUACUUUCGAAUCGCUAUAAAUUAGACGACCGUCCUAGCAGUAUAACACAAACUGAACCUGAAAAAAUAGCCGUUAGCUUCUUCGAAUCCAAGAAGAUCGCCUUUUAUUCAUUAGCCUUAGGAUUUACUUUGGAGCGAACCAUCGAAACCGAAAAACAAUACUACAGCGUAGCAGCCGUGACGGAAACUAAUUUCAUAGCGAGCGCAGUAUGGGACAAUCCGGUCUGUGUGGAUUUUCUGGAAAUAACAGAUGCAGUCAAAGUUAUAAAAUCUGUCACAUCUUACGAAGAUAAACCAUUGUUUACGUGCCCAGAAAACAUUUAUGUGACAAUCAAAAAAGAUAUUCUGAUAUCCGAUCAUGGCAGGAAAGCAGUUGUUUGUCUGGAUGAUCAAGGCAAUAUAAAAUUUCUCUACCAUCCAGCCUGUCAACACGAGCUAGAAACACCAUUGGGCGUGACGUCCGAUGACGAAGGCUAUAUUUAUGUGGUAGACCAGUCGAGAUGCCUUGUAGAAAAGAUAUCAACUGAGGGAAAAUAUAUUGGUCCAAGCCUUACGGACCAUGAUGGAAUCGAGAAUCCAAGUACCGUUGGAUUUGACAGCAAACAAAGGAUGUACAUUUCUCAAGAAAAUGGCGAUUUGAAAAUAUUUUCUUUAAUGAAUUGA